AUGCGGUCGUAUCUGAAGUUGCUGGAGCUUCCACGCUGCUCUCUGGGCGGCGGCUGCCCGGUUGCUGCUUUGCGCGACUUACGCGUGGACACAGACUUGGGCUCUUUGACGAUUCAGGAGAUCGACGCUCCGUCUGUGCGAGCGCUCGUCGUGUUCAACGAAGUCCAGCUGCCAGAUGAUGAGUCUCUGCAGCAAGACCCGCAAUCUGCAUCGGCCAUGCGAGUCAAGCGCUCGGUGGACUGCUGCUUGUCAGUGCCCGACGCUGAAACCCUCUUGCCUUUCCGGAGCAAAAUCCGAGCAGCAGGCCCUGCGUCUGCAGUGAAUUGGAUCCUCCGAGCACGGCCAGGUGAAGUCCACCAAGUGGUCAUCAUGCAAGCCGACGCGGAGAAUGAGUACUCUCACAUCAUCUCCAAGCAGACGGCGGCUGCUGCUCUGAGCUAUGCCAGUGAGUGGACUCCCGGUAAGCGAGUGCGCGCGCUGCGAGACAGCGUGCCAACCCCUUUUAAGACUAGCUCUGCUUGGCAAGACCAGUGCUAG